UUUAAUUCCACCAUGAUUUCCACUGGAUUUGGUAAUGUUUAUGUUUUCUUAAAAAAAAUAAUUUGACAUUGGAUUAACUCCCCCCUUCCCUGCUCAUCCAACAGACUGUGGACAAUUUUGGCAUGUCCGAUUAUGGCAAUUUUUAAUCAAUCCACAAAAUCUAGAACACGGUCUCGGCAUCCGAUGGACGGCAGACGACGAGGCAGCACGUGUGAAGAUUCUCGCCCAUCCUCCGCUAUUUUAAAAGCGAUCCGAGUCCCAAAGCCCUCCUCCCUCUUUUCGGGCGGCCAAGGCGAAGAAGAAGUCGAAAGGAGGAUGGAAUCAUCGUUAUCCGACGAGACCCUGUUCGGGACGGCUCUCGUGACCCUGUACGUGAUGUGCCCGCUUACCGUCCUCUCCCUCCGCUUCCUAGCCGCACCCUACGGCCGCCACGCCCGCUCCGGGUGGGGUCCCGCCCUCCCCGCGGCCCUGGCCUGGGCCCUCAUGGAGAGCCCCACCCUGUGGCUCACCCUCCUCCUCCUCCCCCGCGGCCGCCACCGCUCCCACCCCCUCGCCCUCACCAUCCUCGCCCUCUACCUCCUCCACUACAUCCACCGCACCGUCGUCUACCCUCUCCGCCUCUCCAUCAAGUCCAAGUCCAAGUCCGGCUUCCCCCUCGUCAUCGCCCUCGUCGCCUUCUCCUUCAACCUCCUCAACGCCUACCUCCAGGCCCGCUCCGCCUCCCACUAUGCCGAGUACCCGGCGGCCUCCUCCGCCUUCGCCUUCGGGUUGUGGGUAUGGCUGCGGGUUCUGGUAGGGAUGGGGAUCUUCUUCUGGGGCAUGUCGGUGAACAUACGGUCGGAUCUGGCGCUGUUGAGGCUCAAGGCGGAGGGGGGAGGGUACAGGAUCCCGCGGGGCGGGUGGUUCGAGUGGGUGAGCUGCCCCAACUACAUGGGGGAGGCGGCGGAGUGGCUGGGAUGGGCGGUGGUGGCCUGCUCUCCGGCGGCGCUGGCCUUCUUUCUCUACACUUGUUCCAACCUGGUGCCCAGGGCUAGGGCGCAUCACCAGUGGUACCUGGAGAAGUUCGGGGAGGACUACCCCAGGUCCAGGAAAGCCGUCGUGCCCUUCGUCUACUGAUGUACGCGGAAUCCGUUGCGGACGCUGGCUUCUAGAAGGGGUCGAUUCAGCUGAUUUUCUUUUUACAAUCCCACCUUUCACCUUCGAUCUAGCGAUGAAAUUUUGUUCGGUGUAAUGGAGUGAGGAAAAAACAUGCAAUCAAUAAAUCAUUGUCCGGUGUUCUGAAAUUUAUUAUUAUUAUUAUUAUUA